UUCUGACCUGUCCUCCGUGAUGAGCACAAUGGCUCCUCUGUCGUCAGUCAGAACAUUAACCCACGGACCCACGUCUGACCCGUGCUGUUGGCUGUUCUCGGGAAUGUCACAAGCUCCCGUGAUCGUGUCACAUUCCUGUGACUGAGAGAAAGCAGCACAGAGUCAAAUCGGACACUCUGCCUUUUUAUUUGACGCUUUGAAUUCCAGACAUCACAUUUUAAAUAUAAAGCGCAGCUUUUGUUUCGCUUUGCAUGGACCGUCGCUGGUGAUGCGGCCGCACCGCCAGUCGGUGACUUCCUCGGUCCAUUAGAAGAGGAGGGGCUCCGCUCCUCAGUCUUGCACCUCAAGCUGUGAGGCGUUCGGCGGCAGCUCCGCAGCCUCUGACACGAGUAACAGCCCGACAGACGCCGAGCGGCGACCACGCUCCCGAACCGAGCCUCCUUGCGGGGGAUGGACGCCUCGUUGCGGGCCGGCGCGGUUCCGGGCGCGCGGGGUGCCCGAUAGCGGCGUCCACGCGCGCAUCCGCGCGGCUCCGGCCGCUUCCUGCCAUGCACCCGAACGGAAGCGACGGGGCAUCCGUCCGCGGCCGCUGCGCCGUGCUUUCUCCCGACGCGUCUCGUUUGUCGUCGACCUGAGCCGCAGCUCCACUGAACACCGGCGGCGAGCGCUUGUUUCUGGACGUCAUCCUCGCAAACAGCUGCCGGGUCAAAUAUGCCUGUUUACCAGCGGUAAACCAGCCGCCUGAAGGAGCGGACGCGCCGCGGGCUGGACCGACAUGGACAGAGGGAACCGGGCUGCGAUGGUCGGCUACGACGCCGCUAAUUUCACAUCAGCCCACAUCUGGCUGGACCUCCAGAACACCUCGAGCCCGCCCGGGCUGAGCGAGCGGCGCUUGGUCCGGGAGCGAGCCUACCGGGACUUCAGCACCGCGAUCCAGGUGUUGAUUCUCAUAGGUUCGCUGCUCGGAAACGCCACCAUGCUGUGGUGCACCCGCCGCACCAACGUCUUCAAGUCGGUGACCAACCGCUUCGUCCAGAACCUGGCGUGCUCGGGCCUGUGCGCCGGCGUGGUGUGCAUCCCCUUCGACGCGGCGCUGGGCUCCAGCCCCCGCUGCUGCUGGUGGCUGCACGCCCUGCUGCUCUGCAAGGCCGUCAGGUUCCUGCACAAGCUCUUCUGCUCCGCCACCGUGCUCAGCUUCAGCGCCAUAGCGCUCGACAGGUACUACUCGGUGCUGUACCCGCUGGAGAGGAAGAUCUCCGACGCCAGGUCCCGAGACGUGCUCAUCUACAUCUGGGUCCACGCGGCCGUCGCCAGCGUCCCGGUUCUGGCCGUGACCAACGUGACCGACGUGUACGUGGCGGCGUCGUGCUCCGCCGAGCCGCCGCGCUCCCCGGCCCACGUGGCCUACGCGCUGAUCUACGGCGUCACCACCGUGCUGCUGCCGCUCGCCGUGGUCUUCCUGCUGAUGCUGCUCGUCCGCCGCGCGCUCAGCGCCAGCCAGAAGAAGAAGGUGAUCAUCGCCGCGCUGCGCACGCCGCAGAGCAGCGUCUCCAUCCCGUACGUGUCGCAGCGCGAGGCCGAGCUGCACGCCGCGCUGCUGGCCGCCGUGCUCGCCUUCUCCGCCUGCAGCGCCCCCUACGGGGCGCUGGCGGUGUACCGCGCCGUGCUGCCGGACCCGGAGCAGCUGCCGGCGUCGCUGUUCCUCACCGCCCUGUGGCUGCCCAAGGUGUCCCUGCUCACCAACCCGCUCUUCUUCCUCACCGUGAACCGCUCGGCGCGCCACAGCUGGCUGCAGCAGCUGGCGCGCGUCCACAGACGCUACAGCCGCCGCAACGCCGUCCGCAGCGCCGGCCUGGCGUCGCCGGGCCCGGAGGGGGCGCUGGGGGAGCCGGCGGGCCUGGAGGCGGCCGGCCGCUCCGGCAGCCAGCUGCUGGAGAUGUUCAACAUCGGCCAGCGGCAGAUCUUCAGGCCCGAGGAGGAGGAGGAGGAGGAGGAGGAGGUGCAGCACGAGGGCCCGUCCCAGGUGCCCGGACACUGUUCUGGGCCAAAGGAGGACCUGAGCGUCCGGCCCAGACUGGGCAGCGUCACCAUAAGCGAGCACGUGCAGGGUUCGGGGGCGCUGGUCAUCACCAAAGAGGCCCCCCCCGUCCCCCCAGCGGCCCGGGCCUCACCUGCGCACGCGUGCUCCUACACGUCCUCGUCCCAGGUGGCGCCGGCCACGCCCACGGAGGCCGAGGACUCCCCCCAGUUCGGCUUCGGGCCGUUCGAGCUGCCUCCUCAGUGGCUCCCGGAGACCAGGAACAGCAAGAAGCGGCUGCUGCCGCCGCUGGGCAACACGCCCGAGGAGCUGAUCCAGACCAAAGCGCCGCGGCCGCGGCCCGAGCGGAGGAUCAGCCGGAACAACAAGGUGAGCACCAUCCCCGCGGUGGACCCGUGACCCGGUGGACCCGACUCGGCCGGGGUCAUCAGCGACAGCCGAGGGGGACGGAACCUGACACCCGCUUUGGAUGUUGUCACCCAUAAUGAAUGGGCUGAUCAGAACUUAUCAGCACACUCAUACGGGCCAGUAGGUGCCUGCUCUGCCUCCUCGCUAACAGCUAGCAGCUAGCUAAGUUGCUAUGUUAAGCAGCUUUAGAGGGUAUUGUGGUUAUUGCUGGAUAACGGGUGGGGGGUUCAGGUUACAGUUAGCUAACACAAUACAGCUAGCUAUUUGCUAAGUUAUGCUCGCUAAUAAAUCAAAAUCCCAAACUUCGAUCCUCCCGUCGGAACAACAACUGCUCAACAGCGCCCCUACUGACUGCUGGUUAAAUCAUCCGAGCCGUGAUCAACCUUACGGAUCAAUGACGACCUACUGCACCUAUUCACCGCUGCCAGCAGGUAGAUGGGCACCUACCGGCCCGUACGUAUGGGCUGAUAACCACUGAUAAUGACCAUUGAAUGGCUGACGGACGCACCGACACCGGCUGAUAUAUUUUUAUAAAAAACAACGUUUUUGGAAAGUGUUCAUACUGUGAUUUCACUGUGUACAUGCACACGUCUGUGUUGUUUGUAAUCAAUGUUUGAUCAACACGUGGAUGUUUGAGACUCAUCUGCCACGUUCAGAAUAUGUCGUAGUCGUCGUUUGUACUUUAAAACGUACGUGAGUUGAGAUGAAAAACGCUCUUGUACAGUUCACAUGUGAUAAAGAAACGCGCCGUUUUCUGAGUGAA